GUGAAAAGGAAGCCCCGCCCCUCUAAUCAGGUCAGCAGGGAGCACAACCGGGAACUCGUCGGCCGGAUGUCUCACUCGAGGAUACGAGUUUUUUACGAUUUUUACUAGUUUAAUAACUCCUUUCCGCGGGAUUGUGUCGGUGCGGUUCUCUCUGGAUGCGGCGAAGCGUGCGUUGGGUUCUCGGAGCGGCCUGACCCGGCGGAGGAUGCGGUGGGCGGUGCUCGCCCAGGUGGCGCUCUGCUGCCUGGGGACGGUGCGCUGCUUCUGUCCGGCCCAGUGCACCUGCACCCCCAACAGCCGGGACGGGGGCUCGGUCAGCAGCUCGGUGGUCUGCAACGACCCGGACAUGGCGGACAUCCCCAUCAACGUUCCGGUGGAUACGGUGAAGCUGCGCGUGGAGAAGACGGGCGUGCGGCGCGUCCCCAGCGAGGCCUUCUACUACCUGCCGGACCUGCGCUACCUCUGGAUCACCUACAACGCCGUGUCGGCCCUGGACCCCGGGGCCUUCUACAACCUCAAGCUGCUCCACGAGCUGCGCCUCGACGGGAACCAGAUCUCAGUGUUCCCCUGGGACGCCCUGAGGGAGAUGCCCAGCCUGCGCACCCUGGACCUCCACAACAACCGGCUGGCGGCCCUGCCGGCCGAGGCGGUGGCCCUGCUGCCGGGCCUCACCUACCUGGACCUGUCCUCCAACCGGCUCGGCACCCUGCCCUCCGACCUCAUGGACCUCUGGCCGCCCUUCAACGGGAGCCCCAUACGCAAGGGCGCCGGGCCGAAGGUCAUCCUAGGCUUGCAGGACAACCCCUGGAUCUGCGACUGUCGCCUCUCCAAGAUCAUCGCGCUCUCCAAGAUGACGGACUGCCCGGUGGUCCUGAUGGACCUGUUCGUGACGUGCAGCGGACCCGAGAACCUGGCGGGAGUUCUGCUGCAGCGGGUGGAGCUGGAGCAGUGCGUCAAACCCACGGUGAUGACCUCGGCCACCCAGCUCACCUCCCCGCUGGGCAGCAACCUCCUGCUGCGCUGCGACGCCACCGGCCUGCCCACGCCCUCGCUGCUCUGGGCCAAGUCCGACGGAACCUACCCCAACAACACGGUCCAGGAGUCUCCGGUGGACGGCGUGCGCUGGUCCAUCAUGAGCCUGCUGGGGAUCCUGGGGCGCGACGCGGGGAACUACAGCUGCAGCGCCAAGAACUACGCCGGCAACGCCCAGGCUACCAUCUCGGUGGCGGUGGCGGGGGGAGACGUUACCACGCCGCCGCCCCUUGGGACCAGCGCGGAGCCAGGGACCAGCGGGGGGCCAGCGGUCAGCACUGCCCUUCCCUCGACCCCCUCAGUCACCUCCGCCUCCACCACCAUCAACACCACCCUCGUCCCCACCACCGCCGCCGCCGUCACCACCCCUGCCCCCGGCUCCUCGCCCCCCACCACCGCCCCCCCCAGACUGACCACCCCGCCGCCACCGCCCCCCCCGGCCGAGACCAAGCCCCCAACGCCCCGCCCCCCCAAACCCCCGCCCGGCAGCGACAGCAGGAAGCUGGCGGCCGACGAGACCAGCAAGAAGACGGACGCGUCGCGGGCCCUCAGGGGCCUGAAGGUGGUGGAGGAGGGGCCCGACAGCGCCGUGCUGCUCUGGACCACCCAGGGUCUGGCCCGGGACGCCGCCCUGACGGUGGUGUGCUCGCCGUACGGGGACCAGGACGCCAAGCGCACGCUGGAGACCACGGCGGGCAGCGGCAAGGUGCUGCUGGAGGGGCUGGCCCCCGGCCUGCGCUACUCGGUGUGCCUGGUGGGCCGGGGCCCCAUCCAGGGGAAGGACCCCUGCCUGGACUUCUACACGCUGGGGGAGGGCGGCGGCCCCUCGCUGCUGCUGGUGGCCAGCUGGGUGGCGUGCGCGGUGGCCCUGCCCCUCAUCGGCCUGCUGCUCUACAAGAUCGUGGCGCUGUCGUGCAGCGGGCCGCCGCCCGACGCGGAGCAGCUGGAGAAGGAGAGCUACGUCGGGUUCGAGACUAUCUCCAUGAAGCAGCGGGGCCCCGGGGCCCGGGCCAGCGAGCUCUGGGCCCGCCGGGCCCCCAACGACUCGGAGAGGAUGAUGCUCUGCUCCCGCUCCAGCCUCGACUCCCAGACCACCUACAAGAGCGAGAGCUCCAGGUCAGAGUACCUCUGCUGACCUACGACCCCGACCAUGGGUGCACGAGUCACGUGGAGAGACGUUGGAGCAGAACCGGCCCUGAUUGGACGGUUUGAUGACAUUGAUUCAGGGUCUUAAUGGCCUCCAGGCUCCACCUAGGUGGGUCUUACUGGGCUCCUCUGGGCAGGUGAGGCUGCUGAAACCAGCCACCACACAACCCACUCGCCCCCCCCCCCCCCCCCCAUUGUCCAAGACCUCCCAGGGUCACCAGCAGCCCCCCUCCCCCCGGAGGCCUUGACUGGCGGAGGCACCGCCGUCUGGACGGGCUGGAGUGGCCCCUCAGAGCUGGAAAGUCGUGGUCGCUCCUUGGAGCGCCCAGACCAUCGGUGGGUAGGGCCGCGAUCCCUCAGGGGCCACUAAGGGCCGGUCCCAGGGGCCGCUGGCGGGGUUGGCUGACCUCCUCUGCUGCUAGGGGCCUCAUACAGCCCUCCUGGGUCCCCCCUGGUCCGGAGGGGCCCCACGUUGGGAGGGGCCCCACAUGGGGAGGGGUGGGGCCCCAGAGUAGAGUACUAGGCCCCUCCACAACCAGGACUCGGGGUGAAGAUGUUGAAAGCGGUUUAUUGCAGAGUUUGAGUACAAGCAUAGAGCAGGUGUUCUCUGAGCGGUCAGACUCGGGGGCCAGCCGUCCACCACACAGACGACACUUAUGAUUCAGCAUGACUUAUAGUAAAAACACAAUGCCAACACGUACUACACUACUUUUUUUAAUAAAAACAAUAAUGCUCAGACCAGACCAGACGUUUCUACAUUUUCAGCCUUAAAUUGGGCAAACAUGUUAAGGUUGUUCUCACCAAAUGUUACAGGGACGUUAUGUUUCUAAGGUGGUUUCCUGUCAGUCGUUGUAACGGCAAAUUCGUGUUUCUGCUUUAAAUUGAUGCCUUAUCCUAAAAUAAUUGAUUAUUGUCAACGUACCACGUAGUAUAUUGAAAUGUUUUGCCAUUGUGUGUUGAGUGUACACAAGGUAUCUCCAUGUAUCAGUGACACA